CCCUGGUCGCCAGCACCUGGCACACGCCCCCUCCUUUGGCCAGCCUUCCUAGCAGGACCACUGGGCAAGGCGCUGCCGUCCUCACCUCCCCAGGUGUCCCAUCUGCUCCCGGCCGAAGGACUGCACGCAGGAUCCCACCAAGCCGGCAGCUACUUGGCUCGCUCAAGAACCCCCCAAUCCCGAAUGGGCCUCCUACACCCUGGGAGUGUUUAUCUGCCUGAGCUGCUCUGGAGUCCAUCGGAACAUCCCCCAGGUCAGCAAGGUCAAGUCAGUCCGCCUGGACACCUGGGAGGAGGCCCAAGUGGAGGAUGUCGUCUCCAGCUCAGCCUUUUCUCUGGGGUUCCCAGCUUCCUGACCCUACUGAUCACCCACCAAUGGGCAUUCCCCACACUGGUGUGAGGUGCUAAUGUGUCCUCACACGUCUGUGUAAUACUGGAUCCGACAUCCUAUUGACUUUGCUCCACGGAGGCAGGCUUUCUGUUUACAAUAGCAUCAUGACAGGUUUCAGCAUCAGUUCAUGGCCUCCCACGGGAACAACACUGCCAGAGAUACAUACGAGUCCAAAGUCCCCCCCUUCUACUACCGGCCCACGUUUUCUGACUGUCACCUCCUGAGGGAGCAGUGGAUCCGGGCCAAGUAUGAGCGGCGGGAGUUCACCCACCCCGAGAAGCAAGAGCCCUACUCUGCAGGAUAUCGAGAGGGCUUUCUCUGGAAGCGUGGCAGGGACAACGGGCAGUUUUUAAGCCGGAAGUUUGUGCUGACGGAACGAGAGGGGGCCUUGAAGUAUUUCAACAGAAACGACGCCAAGGAGCCCAAGGCCAUCAUGAAGAUCGAGCAUCUGAACGCCACCUUCCAGCCAGCCAAAAUCGGCCACCCCCACGGCCUGCAGGUCACUUACCUGAAGGACAACAGCACCCGGAAUAUCUUUGUCUACCACGAGGACGGGAAGGAGAUGGUGGACUGGUUCAACGCCCUACGUGCUGCCCGCUUCCACUACCUGCAGGUGGCGUUCCCAGGGGCCAGCGAUGCAGACCUGGUGCCCAAGCUCUCCAGGAACUAUUUGAAGGAAGGCUACAUGGAGAAGACGGGCCCCAAGCACACGGAAGGCUUCCGGAAACGCUGGUUCACCAUGGAUGACCGGAGGCUCAUGUACUUCAAAGACCCCCUGGGGGCUGGCGACCUCGCCUGGCUCAGCCCGGCCCCUGCCCUCAGGACGCCUUCGCCCGUGGGGAAGUCUUCAUCGGCAGCAGGGAGUGCGGCUACGCUGUGCUGGACGGGCUCCCGCCAUCCACGCAGGGCCACCACUGGCCGCAUGGCAUCACGAUCGUCACGCCAGAGCGCAGGUUCCUGCUGGCAUGUGAGACUGAGUCAGAGCGGCGGGCGUGGGCAGCAGCUUUUCGGAAGGUUGUGGACAGGCCCAUGCUGCCCCAGGAAUAUGCAGUGGAAGCCCACUUCAAGCAUAAACCGUAGCAGAGCUGGACCUGGAGGCCCGAGGAACCCAGACUCAUGUGACCUGGCCAGCGAGGACACAGCGGCCAGACUGUGGAGACCCACAGCCAGAGGAGGCUGGCCACCUGGCCCCUGCCCCGAGGGGCAGCCCCAGUCGGGGGCAGCUGGGACCUGAUCCUCUGGUCCUCCCUGCUGGUUGGCCUGUCCCGAACCUAUCAUGCUGCUGCCCCCGUGUGACACACCUAGCCCCCUGCUGCCCCCUUCCUCAGGCCCCUGCUGGGCAGCCCUGCGCCUCCUCCCUAACUGCCCUACAGCACACCCAGCUGCAUAGGACUCCCAACCAGGAGGCUGGGCUAUGGGGACAGCAGCAGCCUGCAUGCCCCCUGCCCCACGUGCCCAUCACUCCCCUGCUCCCCUUUCCCUUUCUUCAACAAGUAUUUAUUGAGCAUUUGCUGUGUUGGUUGUGGGGUCCUGGAGUAGGCAUGGCACCUGCAUAGGGGAUCUGGAGGUCGGAGGCCCCCCCUCCCCACCAACCAGGACCCCCAAUGUCCUGACCUUGGGACCCUGGGGCACCUAGAUUGGGAGGGAAAUGGGAGAGGGCAGCUCACAUGACCUGCCCCAGCCUGACCCUUGGAGGAUGGAGGCCUGGGCCCAGCUCACCCCCACCGGACCCCGUGUGCUGACGCACACCCUGAGCUAUCUCCCAGGAAGUGCAACACAGAGGGAGGGAGGAGCCUGCUGGGCCGUCCUGGCAGCCCCCAGCCAGGCCAGGGUAUGUCCCUGCCCUGGUCAUGUCACAUCCUGGAAUAAAGUAGGGCUCUGGGCCCCCAGGAGAGGGGUGCCUGAGGGCCUGACUCCCACUGUCCACAUCCCCUUCCACUUGAGCACUGUGCCCACCAGCUCAGACCCACUGCACACCUGGAUUCUGGGGCUUGCAGGGCCAAGGGGCUGCAGGAGGGGCCCUGGACCUGCUGAGCCAAGGCUGCCAGGGUCACCCAGGGCCACUCCUCCAAAGACCCUGCCCCGGCGGUGCCCCACCCCAAGAGGCUGCCCUCCCUACCACAGGCCAUCCAGACAAGGAAGCUCAAGCUCUAGAGGCAGGAUGCUUCCUGGGUCAGAAGCAGACACCCCGAGGUGCCCCUGGUUCUACUGCAUUACGAGGGGCUCGCCCAUGGCCCCCUUGGACUCAUUUUCUAGGCCUUUCCUUGACCCUGGAAGUACAGGCCCUGGCUUUGCGGGUACAUGAGCCUGCACUUAUGCCUGUGUGCAUGCACAUAAUCUGUGUGUUGCAUCUAGAAACCCGACAAACAUCUUAAAAGGAAAUGGCAGAUCAACUUUACCACAGGCAGGACCUCAAACAAGGUUGGGAGCUCAUGGCCCAGGACUGGUCGUGGGCUCGCCUUGCCCGCUGUGCAAAGAGCCAUGGGGUCAGGCGGCAGCUGGCCUGCACAGGGAACCCUGAAGCCUGCUCUGCUCAAUGGACGCUGUGUUCCUAGAAACCACACAACACACCCAGGCUUGUGGGGAAGGUGGGGUCAGUGCAGGACACUCAGUAUCACCCACCCUGGAGAGGCAUGGUGGCAGGUGUCCAGUGCUAAAUGGGCCACUCACCAGAAGACCCUGACAGCCAGCCUUUGGUCUGUGGACGGAGAGCCCCAGAACGAGAAGACACAGGGUGCAAGGGCAUGUUGCAAGCACUCUGGCACAGCUCCGGUCAGCUGGCUUUUCAGUGCUGGGCACAGUCCGUGGUUUCAAAAUGAGCAUCCUGUUACCAGUGGGGAUUCCCUCCCUGCAACACCACCCUCCUGAAAACCCCCUUGGGCAGUCUGUGGGGGGCCCCACAGGAUGCUGCAGAGCUGUAGCUUGUCAGCAGGUGCACUUCUCCAAAUUUAAACAUGAUCCCUGUACGUUUCUAUCUGAAACCACGGCCGCUUGCUGCUGUCCACUCUGCCCGCCGGGGCCAUGGUCUGGACACACCUGGAAGACACUGGCCACAGCUCCCAGGACUCUGAGCAGACACCCCAGCCCACAACCAGCCCAGAAGCUGACUCAGAAAGGAAGAGCACCAUGGAGCCCAGUACAAAGGAUUUAUUUACACUGACAGUUCACACAAACAUCCUUUAUUUCCGCUUUCACAGUAAACAAAAUCGUGUACUUCA